AUGUUUGCGGAAAAAUGGGAAGUGUUGCUGUCUGCUGAGCAGGAUUGGGAAGAAACUAUGGGUUUUGACAGUCCAGCAAGAGGUCGUGGAGGAGGUCGAGGAGGCUUCAGCAGUGGAGAUUCUUGGAAGCAAGGAGGUUUCAAGCCAAGAGGAGGUUCACCUGGAGGUGGAUUCAGAGGUCGCGGAGGUGGAGGUGGUCGAGGAUUCAACUCACCGGACAACAGGAGAGGUGGAGGCGGCGAUCGUGGCCGAGGUUUUUCUGGUAACAGAGGUGGCGCUGUAUCUCAGAAUUACCGAGGGCGAGGAGGUUUCAGUCCGCGUGGUGGCCGUGGUAAUUUCAGUCCUCGUGAAGGUUUCAGUCCACGUGGUGGUCGUGGUAAUUUCACUCCUCGUGAAGGUGGCAGUCCACACGGAGGCCGAGGCAGUUUUACUCCUCGUGGAAAUCAAAGGGGUUUCACACCGAGAGGUGGUCGAGGCUCGUCAGAUUUCCGAGGAGCAGGAAGAGGUGCGCGCGGAUCGUUCAGCGAGAAGAGGAAGGUCUUUGAAAACGAUGAAGAAGAUGAUAUUAACAUAAACAGCCACAAAGUGAAGAAGGCAAAAUCUACAUCAAAUACUCCUGUGCAUGCCAAGCCCACACCGAAACGGGCGAAACAUGAGGAGUCAGAUGAUGAUGAUGAUGAAGAUGAAGAGAUGGUAGCUCCCGUCAACGACAAGAAGAAAUUUAAGGGGAAAUCCACACAGGAAGAGGAAGAUGAAGAGAGCGAUGAGGAUGAGGAGCAAGUUGAACCUAUCAUGAGUACGCCUGCCGUAAAGCAAAAACAAGCAGAGGAUAGGAAGAGCGCUUUGAAAAGUGGAAAAUCGACGGAUGUUAAGAAGAAGGUCGAUGUUUCUGCUGCGCCGACUCCUGUCACCUCCUCCAAAAAAGUACCCGUGACUCCUCAUCCUCAAAAGAAAGGAGCACUCGAAGUUACUCCAAAAUCUCUGCCCAAGAAAUCCGAUGGAUUAGAAGCUCCAGCUAAGAAAGUCACUGAAAAGAAAGUUCCGGUUUUAUCCAAGGAGCAAGCACCUCAACAAGGUGUUAAGAGAAAGGCCGUUGCUAAUGACUUGCCCUCAAAGCACAUAAAGCUGGAUCAAAGUACUAUCGUAGACGAAGAAAACAAGCGACGUCAAGAACGCGACGAGCGAUCUUUGUUCAUAAAGGGCUUCCCUAAAAAUACCAAAACUAAGGAGCUGGAGGAAUUACAUGCUGAUAUCGAAACUGUCCGUCACAGGCGAGGAUCGUCAUUCGCUUGGAUAGUGUUCAGGAAUGAAGCCGCUUGCGAAAAGGCUCACGGAACGUUAUCCAAAGCAAAGGUCGGUGGUAGAAAUGUGAUAGUCGACUUCUGCGGAUCAAAGUCAUCGAAAUCCCCAGCUACCCCAAAAGCAAAGGUCGGUGGUAGAAAUGUGAUAGUCGACUUCUGCGGAUCAAAGUCAUCGAAAUCCCCAGCUACCCCAAAAGAGUCAGUGCCGUUGAAUCCUCUGGAGCUAUACAUUAACGGUUUACCAGCGAAUGUCACCAAGGAAGAUAUCAGGAAUGUCUUCCGAGCUGCUGUCUCCAUAAACAUUCCCAAAGGCCGACCUCACGAUUUAAGGCGUGCAUUUAUAUUGUUCUCUACUGAGGAGGAUGCCAAGUUGGCUUUUGACAAGAGUAAAGGUCUGAAACUCGCUGGACGGUCUGUUGAAGUGUUUUUUGCCCGAAUGCGCAAAGAAGUUCUACCUAAUGCAACGGUAAAACCUUCAAAGGGUGCAACUUCGCAAAAUGCGAGUGCAGCUUCGGUAAAGAAGCCAACAGCGGUGCCCAAAGUAGACGAGAGUGAUGACAGUGACGAAGAGGAGGUGGAAUCAAGUGAUGAAGGAAUAGAAGAAGUUGUUGGAUCCUCCAGCGAAGAAGGCCACGCCUGGAAAGGUCUGUUUGCCUCCGGUCUGUAA